GGAAAACCAGUCUACGCAAAGGCGUGACGAAAAUCCAAGAUGUCGGACGGCGAAGUAAUUUCUGACGGAGAGAAGACCAAAAUUGCAAGUGACUUCAUCUUACAUGCACCACCAGGAGAAUUUAAUGAGGUUUUCACAGAUGUGAGACUCUUGUUGAAUGAUGACCAACUGCUGAAAAGUGCUUCUGGGUCUUUUGCCCAGUACAAUCGAGACCAGUUCACACCUUGUAAAGUGGAUGGCUCCGAAGAACAGUGCUUGAUAACGGAGCAUGGGGAUUUGGGAGAGUCCAGAUUUCUAGAUCCCCGAACCAAACAGACAUUUAGAUACGACCACUUAAAGAAGGAGGCCCUGGAUUUCCAGCCCGCUGACGUUGAUCACUCAGCAGAACCCUGGCGGGCCGCAGUGGAAUCUGAACUGACCAGUUACCACAAAACCUUUUAUAAAUAUGGUGUCUCAUCAACCUACGGAACUAGCUCGGGAGGCAGUGUGACAAUCAUUGCAUGCAUUGAGAGCCACCAGUUCCAGCCCAAAAACUUCUGGAAUGGUAGAUGGCGUUCACAGUGGACUGUAACCUUUCCGACAUCAGGAGGCAAGACUGACCUUGUAGGAUUACUUAAAGUACAGGUGCAUUAUUACGAAGAUGGCAAUGUGCAGUUAGUAAGUUCAAAAGACAUAAAACAGACCAUUAGUACAUCAAAUGAACAACAGUUUGCAAAGGAGUUUGUCAAAGUUGUAGAAAAUGCUGAGAAGGAGUACCAGACUGCCAUCACUGAAAACUACAUCACAAUGCGAGACACGACAUUCAAGGCUCUACGACGUCAAUUACCCGUCACCCGCUCGAAAAUCGACUGGAACAAAAUUCUAGGUUACAAAGUGGGCACAGCCCUAUCUGCGCAAAAUAAGUAGUGAUUUGUAUGUGGACAUGACAUAUUCUGUAAAUUUUGGUAUCUUGUAAAAUAGUAUAGAUGUUUAAUAUGUUUAUUAACUAUUAUUCGUGAUGGUCAGACUAAGUGUGUGACUGUUAGAGUGAGAGAGCAAGGUAAAAGUGAUACUUUCUUUUAUAGGGAAAAAUACUGGACCAAACUGUGAAAACCUAUCAAUAAAAAAUAUGUUUUUCCCCAACUGGGGGUGGGGAAGGGAGGCAUACCAUGAGAUUAAUAUUCACUUCAAAUGGUGUUGUCCAACUGUUGCCCCUUAAGGAGGGAAAUUUGUCAAAAUACCAGGUUGAAGGCGUUCAUGUUUUAAAAAAUCCGACCAAUCUGAAGGGCUUAUCAGGCAUUUCAAAAUCUCACCUAUCGGGAAUCGCCAUCUGCCUAAAGACCAAAAUAUUCCUGCAGCUUCCCAGUUGGGCAAUGUACUGAUAGGCAAAUAAUCAUAUACAUCACUAAGGUAUUGGUGCAAAAGAGUAAAUUUGUUAGAAAUUUUUUGAUUGUAAAAUAUUGAUCAAAAUAACUUAAUGAACCUUUAUUUCAGCAUUGUCUCAUUAAGAGAGAAAAUGGCUGAUUUCAUUACAACAAGGUCUUGUCAUAAUAAAAGGAUCAAGAAUGUUUGUUUAAAAAUGGUUAAGUUUUAUACUUUAAUUGAUAGUAAGAUAGUUAAUAUUAAAAAGGGGCUGUAAAAUAAUUAACCUACCAGUAAUUAUGGGCCGUAAAAUAAUUUACCUACCAGUAAUUAUGGGCCGUAAAAUAAUUAACCUACCAGUAAUUAUGGGCCGUAAAAUAAUUGACCUGUACCAGUAAUCAUAAAGCGAUUUAUUGGACUGGUAUAUGAAAACAAAACAUUUAAAUGGUUUCUGAAAGACAUAUUAACUGGACUGGUUUCUGAGAGACUCAUUUAAUGGACUGGUUUCUGAGAGACUCAAUUGUUGGACUGGUUUAUGAGAGACAAAUACAUUGGACUGGUUUUGACAGUCGCUGAAACGGGCAAACAUCAUUCCUCAAUAAUUUAUGUUUUCAAUUUUUGUUGUGAGCAUUUUGGAGGAUAGCUGUAUUUUGUUCUGUUGUCAAGAUGAUUCUUGCCAUCUUUGUGUAGGCUUUUUCUUGUAUUUUAAGUUAGCUUUCGUGUAAAUGAUCUUUAAGGAAUAUAUGUUUUUUGGACUUUUGUUAAUUUGCAUUUUUUUGCAGGUUCUUUUUUUUUAAUGAAAAACAAUAUUUUCGUUUGUUAAGUGUUGUUUUGAAAGGGGAAAAAAGGACAUCAGUAGGUUCCAAACAGAACAUAAGUUACUGAAAUACAAAUUCUUCCACUCAAGAAAAGUAGAUCCUUACAUUUGGCCAUUCCUGAAAUCCUUAUCAUGUACACUGGGGGCAAAGAGAAGAAAGUACCCAUGUAAAAAAUACAGUCCUGCUAUAUUUUGUUUAACUUAGAUGGAAAAAUAACAUCUACCAUGGCUGCUCAUGUAGAAUAGGUUCAUUCCAACCCUUGCUCAAGGUAUUCUGCAAAACUGUGUUCUUUAAACCUUGUUUCUGCAAAACACUGUAUGCUUGGGUUGGCAUGAACCUGUCUUACAAUCUCGGCCAUGGAAGAUACUUACAUUCUUAUAUUAGGUGAAUGAAAUUCAUAUCUGUUGGAAGAUCAUUAAUUUUGAUUGAACUGUCGUAAAACAACUCUUUGUUUAUAAUGCAGCAUAAUUUUUCAUAAGAAUUCCAAUAAAUGUCUGAUUGCUAUGGAUAUUAAGUCUUAUGAAUAAAUUAACAUGCCUUGUGCCAAACAUGAAAUAUAAUGUUUGCCAAAUGAAUAGGCAUAAUCCUACAGUGUGUGUAUACCACAUGAUAAAUUGCGUCAUAAAUGCUAGGGCAGAAGGCAAUAUUUGCCCUGAAUGAACACUUUAAACAAAGAUAACUUAACAAUUUCUUUACCAUUUUAAAUGAAACGUACAGAGCCCCGCCUUCGGUCUUUUACCAGACUUUGAUUAAGAGUUUAGUUUCUGAAAACACUUUGACAAACCACUGCCUCAUGGAACAUAAUGAUUGUCAAAACAUUAGUUUGGAAACAGGUUUGUCGAAAAAAUUUAGUAAACUAAUCAAACUCCGCUAAUGAAACAAAGGCGGGGCUAUUUAAGCGGAAUAGACAGCCCUUUAUUUCAUUUAAAAUGGUGAAGAAAAAGAAAAGUUAUCUUGGUUUUAAGUCUUCAUUUUAAGCAAAAGGUUGCCUUCUGACGUAGCAUAUAUGAUGUAAUUUAUCACGUGGUAUACACACACUGUCCUAUAUAAGAAACGAUGAUCAGGGUUUUAAACUUUCUGAUUGCUACAAUGAAACUUGAUGGCAUUGUAAAUGUUGAUAAAUGUGCUGGCUAAUGUUUAAUGAAUACUAAAAACAUUAUAGGGCCCUGCAGAAAUCUGAAUGUAAUCAUAUCAUAAGAGAGAGAAUUUCAGUUAAAUGAACAAAUUUUACUUGCAGAAUCAAAUAAACUCAUUUUCUGAAAAAUGUCAAUUUUAAUAUUUUAUUGUAUGAUUUUUGCAUCUCUGAGUCCCGAACACGUCUUAGAAAAGGUUAAUUCACGUUGUCUAAGAUAAAUAAGGAGGUUUUUUUUAGGAGUUCGUAAAUCAUUAUUUUAGGGACUGCCAAAUGUCAAUUAGCAGAAAAUUAAUUUCUGUUCAAUAGGUGACUUUGCAAGAUGAUUGUGUAGUUCAAGUUAAUUUAUUUGAACUUUUUUUCGUCGAUUAAUAUAUCAAAUUUCAUUAUAAUAAUACUUGAUUUUCCCUAUACUAAUAUUAUUCUUACAAGCAAUGUAGAUUUAGUUAGAAUUUUAGAAGCCCAAAAUAAUAUAUAAUAAACCAAUUUGUAUUUCUUUAUUCUACUCCUUUUUUGAGUGUCCUUAGGAUGUCACUUUCAAUACUCUAUAAUUCUACAUAAUAUAAACUAUGUAAAAAAGAAUUUUAUAGAUAGUGUUAUAUCGGUAGUUCAUUAUAAAUAAUUCAUACUGAUGUGAAUUAGUACUGUGUUUAGUUGAUAUCAAAGCAAUCUUGUAACUAAUGAAUUUUAUGCAGCGUUAGUUUAUGAUUUUGCAAAUUAGAAGGUACGAUAAUUUUUUCAUCAGAUAUUAAAGUUUUGUAAAUACAGGGAAACGACCCCAAAUAUAAGCGGUGUUAAUAUUUCAAUAUGGUGCAUUUAUUUGGCUUUUAAAUUUUAAAUGUGUUUAUGUUUCUCCUUAAGAAUUAGCGUUUAUGGAAAUAUUAAUAAACAGCUAUGCUCACAAUAUUUAUUUGAUUUUGGGGUAUUUACUGGCAAUAUGAAAAUGAGCUAAAUAUAGAAAUUCAUGUUAUUUUCUGGCAAUAUGAAGAAGUGCUAAAUAUAGAAUUUCAUAUUAUUGGCUGGCAAUAUGUAAAUGAGCUAAAUAUAAAACUGCAUCUUUAGGGGUCAACAAUUCUGCACAGUGCCUUGCAUUAUGUUGGCACAGUUUGUUUUUUCUUUAUUACAGAACAUACCCCACUCUUGUAAAAAUGGUUAUAAUUGUAUUGAUUUUUGCAUGGAAUGAGUUUUGAAGCAUUUGAUUGGUGUAAUACUUGACUUUUAAGCUAUUAUUAUUGAAAUAUAUGCAAAACAUACAUUCACAUGUAUAUUA